AUGCCGCCGGCGGUGCCCGUCAUCACCGGCCAGGCAGACGCGGCGGGGGCCUCGGCGCUGCUGGUGGGGGCCCCCCGCGAUGUGGAGCCGACGAACAGCACGCGGACGGGCGCCGUCUAUGCCUGCCCCCUCACCGUCUCCACAAGCGACUGCCAGCGGCUCGACAUCGAGUUGAAGAGUGAGCCGGAAAAGGCCAUCAUCGAUGACAUGUGGCUGGGGGGGACGGGGGGCAGCCAGCGGCAGGCGGGGGGGGGGGGGGGGGGGCGGCAGCCGGCGGGGAGGGUACUGGCCUGCGCUCACCGCUACACCAAGGUGCUGUGGUCGGGCAGCGAGGACCAGCGACGCAUGGUGGGCAAGUGCUACGUGCGGGGCAAUGACCUGCGCCUCAACAUCAGCGACGAGUGGCAGACCUACCACAACGAGAUGUGCAACUCCAACACGGACACCGACGAGACCGGCAUGUGCCAAAUGGGCAUCAGUGCCGGCUUCACCGCCAACGUCAUCUAUUUUGGGGCUCCCGGUGCCUAUAACUGGCAAGGUACUGACUACAUGCUGCAGCGGGAGAUGUGGGACCUGCACGACUUCUCCUACCCCAACAAGAAGAACGGCAAUACCUAUAUAGCCCCUCGGCCCCACAGGUGGCAGGACCUGGUGGUGGGAGCCCCUUACUACUUCCAGCGGAAGCAGGAGGUGGGGGGCGCAGUCUAUGUCUACAUGAACGAGGUGGGGGGCUUCCAGUCCCACCCCAGCCUGGUCCUCACCGGCCCCAGCUACUCCGCCUUUGGCUUCGCCGUGGCCAGCAUUGGGGACGUCAACCAGGACGGCUUCCAGGAUAUCGCUGUGGGGGCUCCUUUCGAGGGGCCCGGCAAGGUCUACAUCUACCACAGCAGCGCAGAAGGGCUGCUGGACAAACCCCGGCAGGUGAUCAGCGGGUCGGAUCUGGGCCCUGCCAGCAUGCGGACCUUCGGGUACUCGCUGAGUGGGGGGCUGGACGUGGACGGUAACUCCUACCCCGACCUCCUGGUGGGCAGCUUGGCGGAGAGGGUCGUCCUGCUCAGAGCUCGGCCCGUGAUCAACAUCUUGGACAAGACCUUCACGGUGACCCCCAGCAAGGUGGACCCUGCCCGCUGCACGCCGGACUCCUGUAUCACGGUGACCGUCUGCUUCUCCUACAACCAGAGUGCCGGGGACCCCAAGUACAAGGAGAACAUCACCCUGGAGUACACCCUGGAGGCUGACAAGGACCGGCACCCCCCCAGGGUCAGGUUUUUGGGGACCCACUCUGCCACCUACCGCGGCAUCUUCCCCAUGCCCCAGACCCGCUGUGAAUCCAAGGAGCUCCUGCUGCUGGACAACAUCCGAGACAAGCUGCACCCCAUCGUGCUCUCCAUGAACUACUCACUGGUGGAGAAGCCCAGGACCUUCCAGCUGGGUCCCCGCUCCCUCGACGCCUUCCCCGUCCUCAACCAGGACCAGUCCCACGAGAACGAGACCAAGAUCGAGUUCCAGAAGGAGUGCGGCUCUGACAACAAGUGCUACAGCAACCUCCAGCUCCAGAGCAGCUUCGUCACCGACCAAAACCAGCCCCUGCCCAGGCUGAACGGUACCCAGGUGCUGCAGUACAGCCGGGACGUGCGGAAGCUCUACCUGAGCAUCAACAUCACCAACGUGCCCACCACCCCCUCCAAUGGCGAGGAUGCCCACGAGGCGCUGCUCAGCAUCACGGUGCCCGCCAGCCUGCUGCCCUCCUCCGUUCGCCCGAGCGGAGCCUGUACCUUUGCGGAGACGGUGCUGUGCGAGCUGGGCAACCCUUUUAAGAGGAACCAGAGGGUAGAGCUGAUCAUCACCUUCGAGGCCAUUGGGAUCAUGCUGGACACACGGGAGGUCUCGGUGUGGCUGGACCUGUCCACGCAAAGCACCCAGGAGGACCUGCAGCCCGUGCUGGCCAAGCUGCUGGUGGACUACAGCAUCCAGUCCUCACUGACCAUAUCCCCCUCCCACGCCCAGUCGCACUUCAGCGGGACGGUGGUGGGCGAGUCGGCCAUGCGGAGAGAGCAGGACGUGGGCAGCCCCCUCGCCUUUGAAUUCCAGGUGACCACCAAGGGUGAGUCACUGGGCACCCUGGGCACCAUCCUGCUGGGUUUCGAGUGGCCCUACGAGAUCCCCAACGGCAAAUGGCUCCUCUACCCCACUGAGAUCCUCGUCAACAGUAAUGAGACCUGCCAGCCCCCCGGGGGGGUCAUUAACCCCCUCAACCUCACCCUGCUGGAGGACCAGGCUCCAUCCCGGCAGAGACGGGAGCUGGAAGCCCCCGAGCCGGCGGAGCCCCCCGUCACCCUGGCCACCGCCAAGAAAGCCAAGUCGGAGGUGGUGCUGAGCUGCUCCAAGGGCACAGCUCGCUGCAUCUGGUUCGAGUGCCCCCUCCUCCACACCCAGCACCCCACCACCUUCAGCAUCCGCGCCCGGGUGUGGAACAGCACCUUCAUCGAGGAGUACAGCGAUUUUGACCGGGUGAAGGUGGACGGCACAGCGACGCUUGGGGACUGGAGCUGCUGGGAGCUCUUCUCCCGACGAGGUUCCUCUCGGCCCUUCCAGUUCUCCGUGGACGUGGACUCGGAGCUGACGGAGGAGCAGCCGGCCGAGAUCGCGCUGUGGCUGGUGCUGGUGGCGGUGGCGGCCGGGCUGCUGCUGCUGGGGCUGAUCAUCCUCCUGCUCUGGAAGUGCGGUUUCUUCCGGCGGGCCAACACGCGGGCCAUGUACGAAGCCAAGGGGCAGAAGGCGGAGAUGAGGAUCCAGCCGUCGGAAACCAAGCGGCUGACAGACGACUACUAG